AUGAAUAUAUUAAUUUUUCUUUCAAUAGGUAAAUGUACCAUUCUUGAUGCAAUGUCUAUUGAAAAUCGAAAAAAACUUAUUCGAGCAGUAAAUGGCAAAGAAAAUUUGGAUAUAUUUUCACCAAAUGGUUUAUCAUAUAAUUCAACUUAUGCUUCAAUUGAUAUUGCAUUUAAACAAGGUAUUAUUAGUAAUAUCGAUAAUAUAUCAAUUAUUGGUGAGGAACAUAAUAUUAAAAAUUAUCGAGUAACAUUUUUUGAUAUUAAUGAUAAUAUAAUCGAUGAACGUUUAUUAAAUACAAAUAAAAAUGAAAUAUUAUCUAUUGAUUAUGUUGCUACAAUACGAAUUGUAUUUCUUGAAACAAUUAAUAAUAAAAAUAUUAAUAAUGUUCAUUUAUCAAUUCGUGGAUGUUUCUUUAAAAUUCCAAAUUUUCCAACUACUAAAUUUACAACUAUGAAAACAAUAAAACCACCUGAUUAUUGUCAUUUAAUAGAUAUAAUGGAUAAACAUCAUGCAAAACGUUUAUUUAAUCGUGUUGGUGGUACAUUAAAUAUACCAGAAAUAUUUAAUUCAACACAAAAUAAUAAUCAACCAUUAUAUUUUAUUCUUGAAUUUAAUAAAAAUAUUUUUAUUCGUCAUAUUCAAAAUAUAUCUAUUCUUACAGAUAAUCAUCAUAUUCAACAAAUUCGUAUUGAAUUACAAAGUAAAAAUCGACAAUUAUUAAAACGUAUUGAUAUGUCCAUAUUUAAACAAACAUUAAACACAGCACUUUAUGCACCAAAUUAUCCAAUACAUGUGAAAUAUUUAAAAGUAACCAUAAUAAAAGGAAAACCAAAUAAAAAUAUUCGUUGGUCAAUUAUUGGUUGUUUUGAUAGAAUAAAAAAAGUUAAGAAAAUUAAAAAAAUUCCAAAAUUUACUUGGUGGAAAGUCUCAUGUAUUCAUUCGAAUAUAUUGGCUGGACGCAAUGGUUAUCAUCCACGAAAAUCUUUAACUCCAUUUAUCACUGGAACACCUUUACCAAUUGAUGGUAAUUUUCAAAAUUUAAUGACUCAUAGUAUCGGUAUUUCGUAUUCUGAGAUACGCAAACCUAUAAUUAUUGAAAUUGAUUUUCCAUCGGGAAUUAUCGGUCGUUUAUAUGAAGUUGGUAUUGAAUCAAGUAAUGUCUAUCGAAUACGUGUACAACUUGUUGAAAUACCAAAUGGUAUCUUGUAUACUUUAACAUCACCACAUUAUAAUAGAACAGAUAGAAAGAAUACAAAUCCUCGUUUAACAGGAUUUCCACCUGUACAUUCUUCAGGUAUUCGAAUUAAUCUAUUAGAUACGAUUGAUGGUCGACCACCACGAAAUGUAAAAGUUUUUACAAAUGGAUGCUUUUACAAGAGUUCAGUUAAAUAUACAACUAUACAAACUAUGGGACCUAUUACAACAGAAACAACAAAAAAACCAAAAACUACAACAAUUAAAACAAUAUGUCGUUAUACUGAAUGGACACGUUGGGGACAUUGUUCAGUUAGUUGUGGUAAUGGAGUACAAAUACGUGCACGAAAUCGACUUUCAGGUACAGGAUGUAAUGAUACUUUAAUGGACUAUCGCAUGUGUCAAUUACAACCAUGUAUGUGUAUAUUAACAAAAGAUUUUUAUAUGGCUGCUACUGGGAAGAAAGUACCAGCGAAUAAUAUUGUUGGUUAUUUAAAAGAUGGUAAAAAAGCCGUACAUAUUGGAGAUAUUUUAGAUACUGGCACGAUAGUUUAUACACAUCAUUGUUUACAAUUUAUUUGUUCUAGUGUUGGACUUGAUAUGAAGAAUUCGACUGAUUGUAAACACAAAUGCGUUUAUCUUGAUUGGUCUCCUUGGAGUUCAUGCCAAGGUGAUUGUGGUAAUGAACAUCAAAAAGGUGUUCAAUAUCGACAACGUCUACCUGUACAUAUUCUUACUGGUUCACGUCUAUGUGAACCACAAAAAGAAUAUCGUUCAUGUCAAACAUCACCUUGUUUUGGUUCAUGUAUUCUUUCGUCAUGGUCAAAAUGGAGUCCAUGUUCAAAAACAUGUGAUCUUGGAAUUCAAACCCGUUCGAGACAUUAUUUAUCUCUUCAACCAAAUUGUACGGAUAAUUUAGAAGAGAAACGUGAUUGUAAUCCUCAGUGUUGUCAAUCAAAUAAAAAACCUACGUGGUCAGAAUGGAGUCCAUGGGAAAAUUGUAGUCAAGCUUGUAAUGGUGGUGAACGAAUACGUUAUCGAACAUGUAUAAAGGAUACAAGUCAUUGUCAACAACAGAUAACAUGUGAUGGUUCUGAUAAACAAAUUGAACCUUGUAAUACAGAAAGUUGCCCUCAACAAUAUACAUGUUCAAAUGGACAAAUAAUGAGUAAUUGUAGUAAUGCUUGUGGUCAUACAUGUAAUACAUUAACAUGUCGUUCAUGUAAUGAACCAUCUAUGUGUGUAUCUGGUUGUGUAUGUCCUGAUCCAUUAGUUAUGAAUGCCUUUGGACAAUGUGUUCAACUAAAUGAAUGUUUAUGUCAAACAUCGGACGGUAAAACUAAUCUUGUUUCUGGUCAAACGAUGUUCGAUGAAAAUAAAUGUGAAGAUUGUUUAUGUUCUAAUGGUUGUCUCGAGUGUCAUCCGUCUUCAAAAGAUUGUUCAACAUGCCAAUGGAGUGAAUGGACUCCAUUCGGUGUUUGCUCAGCAAAAUGUAAUGGGACGCAAACACGAUAUCGUUCCCGUGCAUGUGUGGGUUUACAACCUGAAAUUGAACAUGAAGAUCAACCAUGUUCAACGAAUGAAACAUCAUAUAGAAAAGGUUGUGAACAAUGUUCUUGUAAUGUAACUACUGGUGAAGAAAUAUGUCAUGUUCAAUGUGCUAUAACACCUGAUGUUUGUUCAAAUCUAACAAACGAUCCAUUUAGUAUAUAUGAAUAUAUACCACAAGCUGAUGGUGAAUGUUGCGGUUCAUGCAAUCGAACAAAUAAAACGGAACCAUGUUCAGUACAAGAACUACCAUCAGAACAAAUCACCUAUAGUGAUUGUGUUUCAAUAAAUCCAAUAGCUCGACAACAAUGUUUAGGUACAUGUAUAUCAGGUAUGACAUGUCGUUGUUGUUCACCAUCGAAAAUAACAAUGGAACAAAUUCCAGUAGAAUGUCAACGAAUAGAAAAUAAUUCAACAAUUACUUUUAUUAAAGAAAUACCUUAUGCGAAAAUUAAUUCAUGUUCUUGUCAAGAAUGUAUUAAAAAUCUCUAA